GUAGUAAAGUGAUUUCUCUGUUACUCGUGUCUUCUUACUGGUCUUUCAAGUCGCUGAGUAGUGCUAGCCUGGGGUUUAUCCGAAUAGCUAGGAUCCGAAUAAAGCGUUCAACCUACAAGUCAUAACAGUGGCGACGGGGAAAAACUACAAUCUACGAGACGUAACAAAUUGGCGACGGGGUUAGCUUAUCAAGAUGCCAUUUACCUUUGAACAAUUUGAAGCCUUGCUGGAGCGUCAAGAGAAACGAUUUGAGCAGUUCCAGGUUCGUAUCAUAGAGACUUUAACGCAGAAAUUGAACCUAAGUAAAUCUGGUGCUACAGAUGAUGCUGCCAAAUCUAAUGUCGACCACAUUAUUAAUUCUAUCCAUGAGUUCAAUUUUGAUGGUUCGUCUGGUAUUACUUUCGAAACCUGGUUCAAGAAAUAUGAAGAUUUAUUCAAGGUCGACCUCAGAAAACUUGAUGACACCGCAAAGGUUAGAAUACUCUUAAGAAAACUUGGCACAGCUGAACAUGAACGCUCUAGUAACUUUAUUCUCCCGAAGAACCCACGAGACUUUAGUUUUGAUGAAACAAUUCAAACCCUGUCUCAAAUCUUUGGAAAACAGUCGUCUCUAUUUAAUAUCCGUUACCAGUGCUUGAAGAUAACGAAAGAAUCAGGAGAUGACUGGGUGAAACAUGCAGGUAUUGUGAACCGAGAAUGCGAGAGGUUCAAGUUGUCUUCCAUGUCUGAAGACCAGUUUAAAUGCUUAGUAUUUGUCUGUAGCCUGCGUUCACCUGAGGAUGCUGACAUCCGAACGAGAAUCCUAAGCAAACUUGAGCAUUGUCCCAACAUGACCCUGCAGGAAGUGACUAAUGAAUGUCAAAGAUUAGUGAAUUUGAAGCACGAUACCUCGAUGGUAGAAAACACUAACCAGUUCCUCCACGUUAAUGCUGUUGAGAGGAAAGUCGAGCAAGGUUCCAGCAUACAGAAUUAUCGAAAUCACAGCUGUAAACCAUCAUCCCCAUGCUGGUUAUGCGGAGGUUGGCAUUUCAAAAGGUUUUGUCCGUUUAAAAGUCAUCGUUGUACUACGUGUUCCAGGAAAGGACACAAAGAAAGUCAUUGCAAAACCCGAAAACGUCGUCAACCUAAAGUUUAUUCUAAAAGAUUCAAGCCACGCACAGCCAAGGUGACGGUAGCUGCUAACAGAAUCGGCUCCCAUAAUCGUAGAAAGUAUGUUUCCCUCAAGAUUAACGGGUACGAUGCCCGCUUACAGCUAGACACAGCCUCCGAUAUAACGCUUAUAAGCAGGAGGACGUGGGAGAAAAUUGGGAGGCCGAGAAUAUUUUCAACCUAUCAGACAGCACACGGCGCAUCCGGGGGGAUUAUAAACGUUGCUGGUGAGGUUCACUGUAAAAUCACAGUCGCAGAGCUUACAAAGAAGGGAGUAAUAUUUUUGACAGAACGGCCAGCACUCGACUUAUUGGGACUUGAUUGGAUAGAAAAGUUGAAAUUAUUAGAUCGUCCCAUAAAUUCAAUCUGCAACAACGGCACUAUGUCGAAAGUUGGGGACCCAACAUUGUUUCGUGGGGGAGGUUGAAGUCAGCAAAUGCAAUCUGGAUACCUACCCCGCUUCUUCAAAAAAAAGGGGAGGUGUUAGAUCGGCAUACAAUAAACUCUAUCAGAGCCUCCUGAGAGGCUCAUAAAGAGACCAACCAAUCAGCGAUCAGUUAGAAGCUAUGCUACUAAAAUGCUACUAAAAUAACAAGGUCCUGAUUGGCUGUUAACAUAUUGCUACUAUGGAAUCUCAAGGUCUUUCUAAUUACUAUAAAACCCCUGUUUUUUCUGUACAUAAUUGAACCUUGUAGUAAAGUGAUUUCUCUGUUACUCGUGUCUUCUUACUGGUCUUUCAAGUCGCUGAGUAGUGCUAGCCUGGGGUUUAUCCGAAUAGCUAGGAUCCGAAUAAAGCGUUCAACCUACAAGUCAUAACAGUGGCGACGGGGAAAAACUACAAUCUACGAGACGUAACA